AUGAUGACCGAUAAGGCAUUUUCAAAUGAUACUAUUGUAACUGUUCCUUUCAAGUCUUAUGAAGACGGAGCAUCAAAAAAUGAAGAUCUUCCACCACCGUAUGAAUCUCCCAAGAUUGACUUCAGUAGUGGUUGGAAAGAUCGUUGGUUUAUGAUAAUAUUUUGGCUGCAUGCCCUUAUUGUUCUCGUUAUUGGUUUGGUGUUAGGUUUACCGGUUUUAAAUUCUGUAUACAUACACGCUUCAUCCAAUUUACCAGAUGCAAAUAUCACUGAUGAAGAAAGAAAUUCGUUCGAUAGAUAUCCGGGUGUAUUAGCUUACGCAUUAGGUGGUGCGAUAGCUGCCGGUAGUGUUACUUCGCUUGCCACUUUUUUUCUUUUACAACUAUGUGCUGGUCGAGUUAUCAUGUGUACAUUAAUCAUAGUUAUUGUCAUCGAAAUUACUCUAGUCGUCGUCCUUUUCAUUACGGUACAUUGGGUUGCAUGUAUUAUGCCUCUUAUUGUCUUGAUUAUUACAUUAAUGUUUAUGAGUUGUGUUUGGAAGCGAAUACCAUUUGCUGAAGUUCAUUUACGAGUAGGUUGCGCUGCAUUACAUAGUCAUCCUUCAGUAAUACUUAUAGCACUCUUUAUAUUUAUUGUGCAAUUUCUAUGGUUUAUUUGCUGGUUUUUAAUGGUGUUGGGUAUUAUGCAUGCUAUGAAUGGUCCGAUGGUACUUGUUGCUAAUAAAGAUACAGCAGUAACAACCGAUAUUUACAGUACAUCAUCAUCAUUGUAUACUACAAAACCUAUGCCAUUCAAUGCAAAUCGUUAUGAAACUAAACGUCCGAUUUAUGGAAUAACCCAAAAUUCGAUUUCAUAUAAUACACAACGUAAAUCAUUGUAUCAUCGAGAACCUCAAGAUAAUCAAGUUCUUCGAAGUAUCGUUGGAUUUCUUCUACUAUUAUCAUGGUAUUGGGGAGCGAAUACGUUUAAAAAUAUUGUUCAUUUUGUUUCAGCUUGUACUCUUGGUCGUUGGUGGUUUGGUAAUAAUGGUGAACAACAGUAUUUACUUGGAACAAGUACCAAACGAGCCUUUACUACAAAUUUUGGAACGAUCUCUUUCGGUUCACUUGUAGAAGCUCUAGUUAAAGCUGCACGUUCUUCGGCAGAAAGAGAAAGUCGUUCAAAUAUUCUAGCUUGUGUUGCCGCAUGUCUUCUUCGAAUACUCGAAAAAAUGAUUGGUUAUAUGAACGAUUGGGCAUUUAUAUAUUCAGCACUUACUGGACAAUCAUAUAUAGAAGCCAGUCGAAGUUUCAUUGAAUUAUUUAAGAAACGUGGUUGGACAAUGAUUAUCAAUGAUACUCUUAUAGGUCAUGCUUUGGGAAUAAUUAAUUUAAUGGUAGGUCUUACUUCAGCAGUGAUUGGUGGUGUAUUAGUCUACAUUUUUACAAGAAAUUCAAUUGAAGGAGACGCUAUUACAACUAUUACGAUUGCAGCAGUUCUCGGUUUUCUAAUUGGCUUCCUAUUUAGCUCAAUUACGACAACAAUACUCAGUUCAUGUGUUCGUACAGUAUUCGUUUGUUUUGCUCUUAAUCCUGCAGCAUUGGGUGCAACUCAUCCGGAACAUUUACAACGUUUGACCAAAGCUUGGAGCAAAUUUUAUCCAACAGAAUUUACUGCCAGUGGUUAUGUUGAUCAAUUACCGAAGUAUAACACCGUUGAAAAUAUCUAA